AGAGAUUUCAUUUCCCUAUAUAAACUGUCUAUGUUUCCAUGGCUCUGCCAACUCAAAGCACACACAAAGACAACGCUACACUCGUCCUCCUCCUCUCAGGGCUCGUGGUGUUCGGGGAGAUCGUGGACGCCAAGGCCAAGGCGCCGUGCGCCGUGGUGUGCUUCCAGGGAGGGCACAUCACCUGCGACAACUACCCCGGCCAGGAGCUCGACGGGUGCGACUGCGAGUGCGCGCCGGCCGACGGCAAGGGCUGCGUGCUCCACCUCGAUGACGGCGUGACCCACACCAACUGCGGCACGACCAAAAAGUUCUAGCUGAAUUGUUGGUUUGAAUCUGAGUUCAAUAAGGCUCUGCAAGCUUGGUGUCGAACAACGAAAAUGUUCGCGUGUCUGUGGUUUGGCAGUGUAAUUCAACUUUACACGCUUCGAAUAAAAUUUCCGAGCAGAAUGUGGUAAAACUCA